UCAGCACAUCCCGUCAUUGUCUACGUUUUGCAUCAGCAUCUGCAUGGCAUCUCGCUCAGGUCGUCUGGUGGAUCGGAUCAAUCCUCUCCCCGCCAAUCACCGCGGCUGAUCAAUCGGAGCCCACCCACGCCGGUCAGAUCCUUGGAAUCUGGAUUCGCCAGCAACGCGGCCCCCGGCUAGCGGCCCCUAUCCAUCCAUCUAGCCCCUCCAGUGGUCCAGCCAGCAGCCACGAAUCGGCGCUCCGGUUCCUGUUUCAACCUUCAAUGCUUUUCUCCUGACCCACCCGGUCUCCGGGCUGAGUCGACUCCCGACGCCGCCGCCUCGCCUUCUCCUGACCGUUGAUUCUUAUCCCACCCAUUCCCUCAUUCUUCAUCUUCCUCCAUCACAUAGACACUCGCUUCCCCCACGGUCAUCCCACUUGCUCACCAUGCAGUUCAAAUCCCUGUUCCUCGCUCUCGCGCUCAGUGCCUCUGCCCAGGCCUGGGUCAUCCAUGGCUACACCGAGAAGGAUUGCAAGGGCAGCGCCGACACGGGUGCUUCGGACGGCGACCUCGAGAAGUGCCUCAGUCUCGCGUCCACCAAAUACAAGUCCCUCAAGGCCCAGCCCGGCGACUACGUCCUGACGGCCUUUGCCCAGUCCUCCUGUGAUGGCACGGGCUAUGCCCUGCAGCCCGGGAAAUGCGUCAACGGUGACUUUGCGUCUUAUGAGCGCCAGUUCAUCGCCAUCACGAAGCGGGACAACGCCACCCUGCUGGAGGAACACGCCGACUACUUUGCCGAAUUUCCCGAGGAGAUCGACGAGUUCCGGUGAGCGGGAAACGGGCCAGAUCCAAUACUGAUCCACUCUUCGACGGAGCCCAUAAGUUCUAUUCCCACAACCGAAAUGGAACCAUAUUGUACAAAUCUUCAGAUUGACCGAGAUACCACCCAGCCUUAACGCCACUACUCAACCUCCAGUUAAUGACACGCCCUCCCAUA